AUGAGUGGAGAUAAUAGUGAUGAACCGACAGGUGCCGAGGCUUCGUCUCAGUCCACUACAUCACAUAUACCGAUAUAUGAAUCCAUACCAGAUGAACUGCGGUCACCAAAAUUGUCUACUUCGCAAAAAAACAACAAUGAUCAGGAUGGGCACGAGGGGGAAUCUCCCCUUUUACGAGAAACUACCAAGCGAUUGUCCAGGAGUUUAGAUUACAGGCAAUUGGAAGAUGUACAGAAGUCUGUGCAGAAGAAUGGUCGAUAUGUGAAUCCAUGGAAGACUUUCAAGUUUCCAUCAAAGCUUGAUAUAAUGCGCUGGAUGACAUUAACACCAGAUAACAGUAAUGUUCCAUCAAAACAAAAACUAGAUCAAACAUUGCCAAUACUGAGACCCAAUAAGACAGAAAUAGAACGCCCACCGCCGUCUGGUAUUCGCAUCACCUGGAUUGGGCACGCUACAGUACUGGUGCAGUUUGAUGGGAUAACUAUAUUGACCGACCCUAUCUUUAGUCAACGCUGUUCACCGACACAAUUAAUGGGUUCAAAACGCUACCGUGAUCCACCGUGUACAAUUCACGAGUUGCCGCAUAUCCAUGCUGUUGUUAUCAGCCACACGCACUACGAUCACUUAGAUGUCGGCACAGUCCGGCUAUUGAAUGCCCGGUUUGGGAAUAGUCUGCGGUGGUUUGUACCAAUAGGACUAUUGGGAUGGAUGAAUAGCAUGGGAUGUGAUAACACCAUUGAACUUGACUGGUGGGAAGAGAACUGCAUUCCUGAACAUCCCGAAGUAACAUUUGUGUUCACCCCAGCCCAGCAUUGGUGCAGACGUGGCGUCGCAGAUGAAAAUAAAGUUCUGUGGGGAAGCUGGACUGUCAUCGGACCUAAUUAUAAAUUCUUCUUUGGCGGAGACACUGGAUAUUGCACUGUCUUUGAGCAAAUUGGCAGGAGAUUUGGGCCGUUUGAUCUUGCUGCGCUACCUAUAGGAUCCUAUGAACCAAGGUGGUUCAUGAAAUCUCAACAUAUUGACCCGAUGCAAGCAGUCCAAAUACAUCAAGACUUGAAGGCUAAACGGUCACUUGGCAUUCACUGGGGGACUUUUACUAUGGCCAGCGAGUUUUAUUUAGAACCACCACUGAAGGUGAAAGAAGCUCUGGAAUCUAAGCAGCUGACCCCAGAAGAAUUCUUUGUUUUGAAGCACGGUGAAACUCGGCUGUUGUUUGAUGAUGGCAUGAACAAUAUGGACUGAAAACAAUCGAUCACAUCAGUGAAAGUUAGAUUCACAAUUAUAAGUUCCAGCCACAGCUACUGCGAAAAAUGUUUCAUCGAAAUCCUGUCAAAACUUUCCAACAAGCUUAUAGUGACUUUCCAAAAAUGACCGUCAGUGCAGUUAUAUGAAGUCAUUCUACUCUAGAGAAGGUGCCCAC